AAUAAUCUGUUGAGGGGCAUAUGCGUGCAACCAUUUAAUGGUGAGCGGUCUCGGCCCAGUUCUGUAAGCUCGCCUCAGCGUGGAUGUCCAGCGCAUUCUCGGCCAGCGCACGAGCGCGCGAUCUCACCAAAUACUCAUUAAAUGCGCUGCAGAAGCUUCCAAUUCCCGUAAACAUCAUCACGGGGGCGCUGGGGGUCGGCAAGACGACCGCGGUGGCGCACCUCCUGCGGUCCAAGCCCCCUGGCGAGAAGUGGGCGCUGCUGGUGAACGAGUUCGGCUCGCUGGGCAUUGACGCCGCCCUACUGGAGGCGGAGCUGCAGGAGGCGGCGGGGGGCCAGCAGGAGGCGGAGGAGCAGCAGCCCGGGCAGGGCGGAGGCGGAGGCGCCGGCGGGGCUGGGGCCAGCAGCAUUAGCAGCAGCAACACGAGCACCAUCACUGGCACCAGCAGCAGCAGUAUUAGUACCAGUGGCGGGCCCACAGGCAGCAGUGGCAUCAGCGGCAGUGGUAGCGGCGGUGGCUAUGUGGUCCGGGAGCUAGCGGGCGGCUGCAUGUGCUGCACGCUGUCUGGGCCGCUGGGGGUGGCCAUAGCCCAGCUGGUGCGCACAGCCAAGCCCGACAGACUCAUCAUUGAGCCCAGCGGCCUGGGCCACCCGGCAGGUCUGCUGGACACGCUGUACGGGGAGCACCUGCGCAGCGCACUGGACGUGCGGGCGGUGGUGUGUCUGGUGGACGUGCGCGCGGCGGCGGCGGAGCUGGAGGCGGCGGCGGGCGGGGCGGCGGGCGGGGCGGCGGCGGUGCCCAGCGAGACCUUCCAGGACCAGGUGAAUGUGGCAGACGUGGUGGUGGGCCACAAGUCCGACCUGGCGGCGCCGCAGCAGCUGGACACCUUCUGGCGCUGGGCGCAGCAGCUGUACCCGCCCAAGGCGCAGGUGCUGCUGGCCUCGCACGGCGCAGUGGACCCGGCAGUGCUGGACAUGCCGCGUGCGCCCGUGUUCAGGCCGCUGUUCAACCCGCAGUCGCACAGCAGCCGGCGGCGAGCAGCGCAGCAGCAGCGGCAGCGGCAGCGGCAAGGGCAGGGGCAGGGGCAGUCCACCACCGCCACUGCCACUGCUGCUGCCAGCGGCAGUGCGAGUGCGCCCACCGCACUGCUGGCAGGCCUGACUCUGGAGGGCCCUCUGUCUGGCCCCGCAGCUGGUGAGGCUACUGACGGCGAGGUCGGGAUAGAGGCGGAGACGGAGGUGGAGGCGGAGAUGGCAUCGCAGCUGCAGGUGCAGCUGGUGCCGCGGCGGCCGCUGCGCUUCCCCUCCCAGCCGGCCCCCGGCCCCGGAGCGUCGCAGGAGCAGCAGGGCCCGCAGCCCGUGGAGGUGGAGGUGGAGGGCCAGGGUCGGCAGCAGGUGUCGUGCGGGUGGCUGUUCAGCGCCGAGGACGUGUUCGAGCGGGAGCGACUGACGGCGGUGCUGGCGGCGGCGUGGCCGCGGGCGGCGCGGCUUAAAGGCAUCUUCAGGGUGGGCAAGGCUGCUUACGUGGUGCCGUACCGGCAGCCGGACGUGGGCAGCAGCGGGGGCGCGGGCGGGGCCGGGGGCACGGCCGGGGGUAGCGGUGGGUGUGGUGUGGAGCUGCGGCCGAUCUCGUACCGGCGGGAGAGCCGCCUGGAGGUCAUUGUGGACGUCCCGGGAGCUGCGAAGGUGGUGCCGUGUGAGGCAGGGGUGGGGCUGGGGGCUGCAAGCGGGGAGCAGUCGGGCGGUGCGCAGUCUGGGGUGGUGGCGAAUGCGGGCGCUGGCGCUAUUGAUGUGACAGAGCUGGGGGCGGCAGUCGCCGCUGCGGACUGGGACGCGGUAGAGCGGGCGCUGGUGGCGUGCUUGAAGCCAUGAUACAGCCAGUAGGCGGCGAGGCGGGGAAGCUAGUGCGUCAGCAGGUCCCUCUUGUAACCAAUGCAAUCU